UUUGACUAUUCAACUGAAUCAUGAAUCUUUCAAUUUUCUCUGCUAUAAUAUUUUCAAUUACUAUUGCAAGUUCGGCAAUCCCAAUCUCUGAAAAUUACGUAUCCUGGAGCUCUGACUCGAAUUGUCUGGACUUUGAUGAUAGUCGUGAUCCGAAUGCCGUCUGUGAGGCAACUACAACUUGGAAGCGAUCUGAAAAUUCUUCUUGCAUUGUUUCGGUAUACUAUGUCAAAAAGGAAAAGUCGUCUGGAACAUCAAAUGGAAUACCCCAAUGCUCAAAGACACCAUGCGACGCCACCGAAAAAAUAGUCGUCGAUUGUGAAACUGCAUUCAGAGAGAAAUUGGCAAACAUUAAUCAUUGAAAAUAUAUAUUUUUUGGGCGGUUUUUAUCAAAAACCUCUUUAAAGUUAACAAUGAUGUUCAAUACUCGACUAAUCAUUAUUGUAGUGGCAUGUAUUAAAUGAAGUAUUGAAACAUGUGAA